GCGAGUGAGGAGGAAAUCUGAAGUGAGGUGGACCAGAUCAGUGUGAGAGCUCGACUGUCAUCCGGAGACUUCACGGUUAAGAUUACACGCAGAAACACAAUGGCUCAAGCAGACAUUGCACUGAUUGGUUUGGCUGUCAUGGGCCAAAACCUCAUCAUGAACAUGAAUGACCAUGGCUUUGUGGUCUGUGCCUACAACCGAACCGUGUCCAAAGUGCAUGACUUCCUGAAAAACGAGGCUAAGGGCUCCAAAGUUAUUGGAGCAGAGUCUCUUGAAGACAUGGUGUCCAAGCUGAAGAAGCCCAGGAGGAUCGUCCUGCUGGUCAAGGCUGGACAGGCUGUGGACGACUUCAUCGACAAGCUGGUUCCUCUUCUUGAGGCUGGGGAUAUUAUCAUCGAUGGUGGCAACUCUGAGUACAGAGACACAACACGGCGGUGUAGGAGUCUGAAAGAGAAGGGCUUGCUGUUUGUUGGCAGUGGAGUCAGUGGUGGAGAGGAAGGGGCACGUUAUGGACCCUCGCUCAUGCCAGGAGGACAUAAAGAGGCCUGGCCACACAUAAAAGACAUCUUCCAGAGCAUUGCUGCCAAGGUUGGAACAGGAGAGCCUUGUUGUGACUGGGUUGGAGAUGAGGGUGCGGGUCAUUUUGUCAAAAUGGUCCACAAUGGUAUCGAGUAUGGUGACAUGCAGCUAAUUUGUGAGGCCUACCACCUGAUGAAGGAUGUUCUGGGUAUGGACCACGAUGAGAUGGCUAAGGUUUUCGACAACUGGAACAAGACAGAGCUGGACUCUUUCUUAAUCGAGAUCACAGCCAACAUCUUCAAAUACAGGGACUCUGAUGGUACACAUCUGCUGCCCAAGAUCCGUGACAGCGCCGGACAGAAAGGAACAGGGAAGUGGACAGCCAUUUCUGCACUGGAGUACGGCACACCUGUAACUCUGAUCGGGGAAGCUGUCUUUGCCAGAUGCCUUUCCUCUAUAAAGGAUGAGAGAGUGCAGGCCAGCCGCAGCCUCUCAGGGCCACAGGGGGUCAAAUUCAACGGUGACAAGGCAGCCUUCCUGGAGGAUAUAAGAAAGGCCCUCUACGCCUCCAAAAUCAUUUCCUACGCACAGGGCUUCAUGCUGCUGCGACAGGCAGCCAUAGAGUUUGGUUGGACCCUCAACUACGGUGGGAUCGCUCUGAUGUGGAGAGGAGGCUGCAUCAUUCGAAGUGUCUUCCUGGGUAAAAUCAAAGAGGCGUUUGACAGGGACUCUGAGCUGCAGAACCUGCUGCUGGACUCUUUCUUCAGUAAUGCUGUGCAGGACUGUCAGUUAAGCUUUUUGCUGUCUUUGUUUAGGAGUCAUGGCGCAGAACAGUCAGCACUGGAGUCCAGCAUGGCAUCCCCAUGCCCUGUUUCACCACGGCUCUGUCCUUCUAUGAUGGUUACAGACAUGAGAAGCUGCCUGCCAACCUCCUCCAGGCCCAGAGGGAUUACUUUGGAGCCCACACAUAUGAGCUGCUGUCAAAGCCCGGUCAGUUCAUCCACACCAACUGGACGGGCCACGGUGGAAAUGUCUCUUCUUCAUCCUACAAUGCUUAAGAACCAUCUCCACAACAUGCAGGAAUACAAACAAGAUGGGAGGCGGAGGACGAGGGGAAGUUACCUGUGAAAGAAGAAGAAAUGUUACACAUUCCAUUUCUAUAACCAUGCCUGAAUAUUUAAGUUCAACCCACCCCAACCUUAAUCUGACUUUUUACUCCUCUCAGAGAUGUGUUGUUCCAGUUUUAUUUAUCAUGAAGUGGAAUCAUAGAUUAUGUGUUUUUAAACUCUUCCCCCCGUGUGUUUUGGUGUGCCCACUUUUUUCACAGUCACAAGUGGGUGAGCAACAAAGCGUGACUCCACCUGGAUACUGUGGAUAUUAUGCUGGCUAUCAGGCUAAUGUGCACCAGUCAUGUUUGUCAGGGUUCACAGUGUUAACACUGGAUUAAGGUGAACCGUUGCACUGUACUGUAUUAGGCUAAAUAAAGAUUUCAAUCCCUUUAUAA